GCAAGAUGGGCUUAUAUGCUAAGCGAGAUGUCAUACGGUCUCUCGACUUUUUACUGUAUUGCCAGUUUGCAUACAUAUAUUUACUGGAUGCCAGCUUACUGGUCUUGCUCUUUCGGAUACUGAUCCAGUUGUUUUUAUCUCCAAGAUCGAUUGCCCGAACAUUGAGAACGGCACUUGGUAUUGCACUGGGAGGAUUUAUACUUUGUCUGCUAUUGCACGCAACAUCGGAGCCUGCGCAAUAUGGUCUUUUGAUUGACUUCGUCGGUCGUGUUUACAAGCCAUCAAAGUUACGACUCAUAGUCUUGGAUUUCAUUAUUUUAUGUUUUCAAGUAAUUCUGAUUUUUACAUCAUCAAGCCUGACAUCGGCGUUACUGCAAAGAGUCACUACAACCGCAGCCAAUGUAGCAGCAGCAGCAGGCAAUGACACAUCUAGCAGUAACCAUGAACGGAUAGAGGAGGAGAGCGCGGAAAUCCAAGAACCACCGAUUGGAUAUGAACAUGAGCUGGUGGUCGAUGUGAAUUUACGAGCGUCUAUUCGUAACGUGUUUUACGCCGAAAUGGACAUUACCCAAUUGCGAGAGCAACGUGAAAGAACUCUUUUGGUUUAAAAAUCAUAUCUCUCAUUUGCUGUUUCUGCCUGUAAUAGUAUUAUCUCCCAUGCCCUUACCAUCACUACCAAAAAAACCCCCCCCCAUUGUCUUAGACGCUGAAUACAGCGAUACAUUGAGAUGUAAAUACCAUUAUUCCACUUUUACACCCGAAGAAAAG